AAAAGCCCGGCCUUUCCAGAACUAGGGUUUUGGGGUCUCUUAAAAGGGUGAAAGAAGCAUGUAAUGAACUUGAGCUGCGUAAACCUAGUGUGCACCGUGAGGGUUGAGAAGCAGAGAAGAUGGUGCACGUUUCUUUCUACCGAAACUAUGGGAAAACGUUCAAGAAGCCGCGUCGUCCAUACGAGAAGGAGCGUUUGGAUGCAGAGUUGAAGCUCGUCGGAGAGUACGGGCUCCGCUGCAAGAGGGAACUGUGGAGGGUUCAGUACGCCCUCAGCCGCAUCCGUAACAAUGCGAGGAAUCUGUUGACCCUCGACGAGAAGAAUCCCCGUCGAAUCUUCGAGGGUGAGGCCCUUCUCCGAAGAAUGUUCCGUUACGGUCUUCUCGACGAGACGCAGAACAAGCUCGAUUACGUCCUCGCCCUCACCGUCGAGAACUUUCUCGAACGCCGCCUCCAAACCCUAGUUUUCAAAUCCGGCAUGGCCAAGUCCAUUCACCACGCUAGGGUUCUCAUCAGGCAGAGGCACAUCAGGGUUGGGAGGCAGGUUGUGAACAUUCCAUCAUUCAUGGUUAGGGUUGAUUCACAGAAGCACAUUGACUUCUCGCUCACGAGUCCUCUAGGCGGUGGUCGUCCUGGCCGAGUGAAGCGAAAGAACCAAAGGGCUGCUGCUAAGAAGGCUGCUGGAGGAGAUGGAGAUGAGGAGGAUGAAGAUUAAAUUAAUGGCUAGUUGUGUUUAGAUCUUUCGCUCCUUUUAUAUUUGUGUUGGUAGACAUUUUAGAAUUUUGUCAAUUGUCAUGCUCUGACUCUUAUAAUUUUGAUGUCCUUGUUCCUUGUUUUGAGGUAAAGCUGUGCCUGAGAUAUGCUGUUUUGAAUAUUUAUUUCUAAAGUAUUGAAGUUUUGCUCCAUUUCUCUGGUA